UCAGUUGUUGGAGGUUCUAGAUGAAACCCGAUGGAAGCUAAAAGAAGAACAGAUGUUUAACACCAAAAUUGAUGAGAGGAACGAAGAGCUUGAAAGAGAACUUUGGUUUAUACAGAGAGAGAUGGAAACCAUGGCAUCUGAUGAAAGACCAACCAGAGUGGAUCAGGAGCAACAAAAGUUGAUAAUGUACCAGCAGCAGGAAGACAAUAUUCAUUCUCUGGAAUCAAAAAUAACUGAGUUGUCUGAAUUAUUGGAAGUGGGUAAAGAAACUGAAAAGGAGGAUCAUAUUCGUCUGAAUGAAAUGAAAGAAAGACUGUCUCAGCUAGAAUCUGAGCAUAAAAUACUCAAGGAUGCCAACUUCCUAAACAACUGUCCUGAAGACCGUAUCCAUGAAUUUUCUAUGCGACCGGAUACUAAGGACAUAGCAUUACAGACUGAGGUAGUGGAUGGUAUAUUGCUGAGACAAUCUUCUAUGAAUAAAGUUGAUAGUAAAGGGACACAGUAUAUGUCUCUUAAAAUGACUGGCACAGUAAUAUGGUUCCAUGUGAAGAAAGGCUAUGGCUUCAUUAAAAGGCAUGACACCGGAGAAGACAUAUUUGUACAUUGGACAUCCAUAACGAAGAAUAACCCCCUAAAACUGUUGUACAGUGUAGGAGAUGGAGAGAGAGUAGAAUUUGAAGUGUUGGAAGGGGAAAAGGGUGUACAUGCAGCAAAUGUGACUGGCAUUGGUGGAGUACCAGUGAAAGGGAGUCGAUUUGCUCCAAACCGACGGGGAUCAUACAGUUAUUGUUAUCAACCACGAGAAAAAGCGGUUGAUGAAGGAAGUGCAUAUUCAGAACAAAGGCAAGGGAGAGAUCCAGCUCCAUGUCAUCCUUCUACAACCUUACAUUUCCGACCUCUCUCGAGAUUCAAUGGUAGAUUAAAUCAGUCCCAGGAUCAAGAAACGGAAAAUUCAGAUGCUAAAGACUUGAUAACUUUAGAAGCUUCGUCAGAGAAAGAAACUAGUCUCAGUGACAAUCGUAGUGAGGUACAUGAUAACUUUACCCUAGCACAAUCUCUUAAAUCUUCCAUCCGAAGACCAGUACUAAAAGAAGUCAAUAAAUCAGGUGUAGAAGAGCAAGGGAAACCAGCACGAUCAGAGAACACUAUCCCUGGGAGGCAUGAAGGCUAUGUAGUUCCAUCCCUCCCUAUUUGGCCAACAGUUAAAAUGGUUGAGAUGAGGUGGCUUGCUAAUGGAUGUGAAUGAAUAUAUACUAUUUUAGCAUAGUGAGUAAGGUAGAUGGUGCAUUGGCACCUAAAGAUGUUAAACAGUGACAAUGCACCAGGGGGAGAAAUGUAACCCUGAUUUAGGGUUUAAACAACACUUAUACUGAGGUAGUUAUAAUAUGGUGACUAAUAUGGAGUAUAAGCAUAUAUAUUAUUCAUAUAUAAAAGUUAAUGGAUGUUGUAAUACUGUAUGCAUGUUGUGAGGUAAAUAAUACAGUACACAGAUAUGUAAUUGUAUGUACAUUGAUGUAAAUGUAGUGGUGAAUACAAUUAAGGCUUAUUUUAUGGUUUCACAGUGUAUCUAAAGGGUUAAUGUCCUUGUGCUCCUAACUGUCAAUCACCUAGUGGGGUGAUUGCCAGUGGGCGGAGCAUCACCUCAGAGUGGGUCAUGUGACUACUAGAGAGGGGUGGGGAGGUGCUGUGAGUAUAGCUGAGGAAGAGACUGCAUAUCCCUUGGUGAGAGGACAUAGUUUUUUGCUGCUCCGGCCGUCGCUCGCAUUAGAGCUGAGCGGUAUACAUUGCGGCGGCCGGAGGGGGCUUAGUGUGUGUAGCCAGAACAGGGCUUCCUUACUGUAAAGGUGGUGACAGCAGCAUUGAGACUCAGCACUGUUCAUAGAACCCGGCAUCAGGGCUAGUCAACUCACCCAGCAGUAUUGGAAGGGCGCACCUAUGACAGGGAGACAGAGAGGGUUCCUCCUAUUACCGGCACAGACUCUGACAGCCACAACAAAGAAGCCAGGACCAGCAGCAGAGGCUCCAUUCUGUGUGGCUGUAAGUGUAAGGGAGGAGUCGGGGGAGCAGCCUGCAGCAGCAUCACUAGAUCGUAGAAGUGUGAGUGCAUAAUCCAGCCAUUUAUAUUACCCCUACACUAAGCACAGCAAGCCAUAGGUGACUAUGGUACAUAGUCAAUUUCAUAUUGGGACUAAGGACUCCAGGGCUAGGCCGCAAUAAUGGCUAUUAAGCAGGAGGAUAGUAAUGGGUCACAGUAGUCAGAGUGACCUAUAAUGACAGUUCC